CAUCAUUUUCAAGUCUCAGUUCCAAUGAAGUUGUUUAUUGCAGUAUUUCAAUAGUGGCUCCUGUGUUGCAGUCAUAGCAUCUCUCUGUGUUUCCCAGGGCUCUGACCCUGGCCAUAUAGGCUCCUCUGCAGGAGGACGGGGGCUCCAAACCUUCCUCCUGCUGGAUUAGUGAGAGCGAGAGAGAGAGCUAGAGAGAGAACGAGAACGAGAGAGAAGCAUAGAGGAAUCAGCAUGGGUUCCAGCUCCUCUUCCUAUGCCCCAAAAACCAUCUAUCUGGACGUAGAUGGUAAGGUUCAGAAGGUGGUUUUCAGUCGUCACUGCAGCCCAUGUGACAUCAAGGAGCUCCUUUGUUCCUCGUCCAACAUCCCCAGGAAUACUGCUAUCAUGAUGGUAGAUCCUGAAGGGGCCCUGGUGUCCAUAGACCCUACUAUGCCUACCAACUCUCCCAACUCCUUGUACAAAGUCAUUUCUUUAUCCACCGGUCAGCUAGGAGAUAAAGAAGACAUGUUUCAGAACGUGUUAUCUCAGGUGGCGGAGCAGUUCAGCAGGGCUUUCCGAAUCAACGAGCUGAAAACUGAGGUGACCAACAGACUGGCAAUGUUGGAGAAAAGAGUGGAGUUGGAGGGACUGAAGGUGGUGGAGAUUGAGAAGUGCAAAAAUGACCUAAAGAAACUACGAGAUGAGAUGACAUCCAGAGGAGGAGGGAGAGUUGGGAACUGUCCCUGCAAGUACAACUUCUCAGACGACGGGAAAAAGCUUAAUCCCAGACGUGACGUCCCAAGUUAUCCAAAGUACACCUUAUCCCAGGAGACUAUUGAAGCACUGAAGAAGCCAACAUUCGAUGUCUGGCAUUGGGAACACAAUGAGAUGCUGAGCUGCUUGGAGUACAUGUACCAUGACCUGGGACUGGUGAAGGAAUUCAACAUGAACCCCAUCACUCUCAAACGCUGGCUGCUGGGCAUUCAGGAGAACUAUCGCAGCAACCCGUUCCACAACUUCCGCCACUGCUUCUGUGUCAGUCAGAUGAUGUAUGGCAUGAUUAACCUGUGUAACCUGCCGGAGAAGAUGACUCUGACGGACAUGGGCAUUCUCAUGACAGCUGCAGUGUGCCACGACCUGGACCACCCCGGCUACAACAACACGUACCAGAUCAACGCUCGCACAGAGCUGGCCGUGCGUUACAACGAUAUAUCUCCCCUGGAGAACCAUCACUGCGCCGUGGCCUUCCAGAUCCUCUCGCUGCCCGAGUGCAACAUAUUCGCCAACGUCGAAUUGGAGGCCUACAAGCAGAUCAGACAGGCCAUCAUUACCCUGAUCUUGGCCACAGACAUGGCCCGGCAUGGAGAAAUAUUAGACUCCUUCAAACAUAAAGUGGACAGCUUUGACUUCACCAACGAGGAGCAUGUCACAUGCCUGAAGAUGGUUCUGAUCAAAUGCUGUGACAUCUCCAAYGAGGUCCGGCCUACCGAGGUGGCCGAACCCUGGGUGGACUGUCUGCUGGAGGAGUAUUUCAUGCAGAGUGACAGGGAGAAGACUGAAGGGCUGCCGGUGGCUCCGUUUAUGGACAGAGACAAAGUGACCAAGCCCACUGCCCAGAUCGGAUUCAUCAAGUUUGUCCUCAUCCCAAUGUUUGAGACAGUCAUGAAGCUCUUCCCCCAGAUUGAGGAGAUCAUGGUGCAGCCUCUGAGAGACUCCAGAGACCACUACGAGGAGCUGAAGCAGAUCGAUGACGCCAUGACAGAGGGCUCUGGCUCUCGUUUUAUGAUCCAAAAAUUCAAAAAGGUCAUGGGUCGUCCUGAUCUGCGUCUUUGAAGAUGGAGGGUGAAAAGACUUGUCUUCUACACACUGAACCAACCUCAGACUACAUGGAACCUCCUGGUUGAUCUCCACUGUUUUGUUAUGAACAUUACAGAAGGACAAUCGCUCUGUUUCAAUGUCCACACUAGCAUACUACAUAGAAUKAAUUCAUGUAUCAAGCACAUUGGAAUAUAGCUCACCUGAACGCUAGUUGGUCAUUGUAGGUAUCCACGGCUGUCUAUACACAGGCAGCCCAAUUCUGAUCUUUUUGCCCAAUUAUUGGCAAAAGAUCUGAUCUGAUUGGUCAAAAUACCAAUAAUUGGGCAAAAUAUCAUAAUUGGUCUAUGUAUACACAACCUAUACUAAUUUCUGAGUGACAAUUGGUCAAUGUAGGUAUAUGUUUUGCCAUAUUUUCUGCUCUCUGUUUUUAGUCACACUUGUUGAUGUUGCCUAUUACGGUAUAAUCAAUAACAACUAAKAUGUUUACUGGAACACUGUCUUCCCCUUGUUCAAUUCUCCUAUUCAAAUGCAAAACUGUUUCUAAAACAGUUUGAAUAAAUUGACUCUUAAUUUAACCAUGUCAAGUACACAGCMUAUUUUAACAUAAUAAUUAUUAUGAGGUUUAAACAUUAUUACAACAAAUUCAACUAAUUAUCUCCUGGUGUGUGCACUGAAUGAAUUUACAUAAAUUCAUAUUUUGAGGUUUGUGUAAUAGCACAUCCAUUGUUGUUCAAUAUAUUCCGUCUUUAAUUACAAUCUAAAAUGUUAUUCUUGUAUUUUUAUUUAUUUUUGCAUAGUACAUCCUGUGCAAACUACAUUACAGUUGUAAAACAUCCUUUUAUACAAAAUGUGUCACCUAGUAAUAAACUCCACCAGUAUUUAGAAAAGUUGCAGGUUAUUAAGAGAUCAAAAUGUUCAGUAGUGUCUGAUUUUCAUUUCAGAAAGUCAUUCUCAUCAAAGGUUCAUGAGAAAUACCAUUGACUCUUCUCUGAAUGGUGCAGGGGUGAAUGAACCAAUGGGAGGUCAAGCUCGGGAGUCUUUGAAAGCUUGUGUACUUUACUCGAUAUCUGUAUUCUAAUGUGUAUGCUUUAUGCACAAUACGGAUGGCCCAGGAAAACCAUUUUAAGAGCGUGGUAGUCCCUAGCUCUAGGCUUUGAGGGGGUAUGUGUUGAAACAGGACUUCUUUGACAGUUUUGUUGUACAACUCCAAACUACCACUUACCCCACAUCUCUCUAUAGCAUCUCUCCACAAAAAUAAGUGGGUGGUAUUCAACAGGUACAGUAGAUUUACUAUUGCCUGUUUUAUAACCUUUAUUUAUUGCAACCUGUUUCACAUUUCCAAGAGUGAUAAUUGUCUAUCUGUAAGACGAUACUUCCAUACAGUAUGCUUACCCUUUUUAUGACCUACAUGAUUCUGAUGACAUUUGGAUGAUAAAGUCUUUGGCUCUGAAGAAUCCAAAGAGAUAGGAUGUCAAUACUGACUUCAAUGUUUUCUGCAGGUCUGCUGCUAGAUAAUAGUGACUUUUGGAAAAUUCCAGAGGGACAAACAGAGAUGGAAAUAACUUUCUUCUGUACGUUUUCUCUGCUAGUUGGCUUCACGUCUAAGUCCUUUUCACCUCUGAAUCCGUUUGAUGGGGUCUUUGGGCUGAACUUGAGUAUGGUCUAGUCAUUUUGUUUAGAGGGAACUAUCUUUAUACUCUAUGUUGCAUGGAUAUAAAGGACAUCAACCACCUGAGCCACGACCUGUUCACCCCGUUAUCAUCAAGAAGGCGAGGUCAGUACAGGUGCAUCAAAGCUGGGACCGAGAGACUAAACAACAGCUUCUAUCUCAAGGCCAUCAGACUUUUAAAUAGCCAUCACUAGCCGGCUACCACCCAGCUACUCAACUCUGCACCUCAGAGGUUACUGCCCAAUAUGCACACAACCGGUCAAAAGUUUUAGAACACCUACUCAUUCAAGGGUUUUUCUUUAUUUUUACUAUUUUCUACAUUGURGAAUAAUAGUGAAGACAUCAAAACUAUGAAAUAACACAUAUGGAAUCAUGUAGUAACCAACAAAGUGUUAAACAAUAUUUGAGAUUCUUCAAAUAGCCACCCUUUGCCAUGAUGACAGCUUUGCACACUGAAAAGUUGCAGGUUAUUAAGAAGAAGAAKAAUGAAUAAGAAAUAAAAGUAACAAGUAAUUAAAGAGCAGCAGUAAAAUAACAACAGCGAGACUAUA